GAAAAAGAAGCAGAGUUCCAGAGAGUGUGGUGACUCUAGUGGUUGCCCACAUCACUAAGGCCAGAGGAAAUCUGCACUGCAGUUUGCUGAAUCCUUUUCAUCAUUUAGUAGAGAGAAACUCUAUCCUGAGUCUUGUUGGUACCUGUACCCCGUAGCCUCUUGAAAGAAGAUGGCUGGUUUUCAGGACAACACUCUUAAAAUUGUUCUGGUGGGGAAAACCGGAAAUGGAAAAAGUGCAACAGCAAACUCCAUCCUUGGGAGAAACGAAUUUGUAUCUAAAAUUUCUGCCCAUGCUGUUACCAAGGGCUGUCAGAAAGCAGAGCGACAAUGGGAGGGGAGAAACCUUCUUGUUGUGGACACCCCAGGGCUCUUUGACACCAAGGAGACACUGGAGACCACCUGUGAGGAAAUCAGCAAGUGUGUCCUCCAGUCUUCCCCGGGGCCCCAUGCCAUCAUCCUAGUUCUACAGCUGGGCCGCUACACGGAGGAGGAGCAGAAUACAGUUGAAUUGAUCAAGGAACUCUUUGGCAAGUCAGCCAUGAACCACAUGAUCGUUUUGUUCACUCGCAAAGAUAAUCUGGGUGAUCAGACACUGGAUGAGUUUUUAAAUGAGGCAGGAAACCUGCAAAGCAUCGUCCAGGAGUGUGGGAAUCGGUGCUGUGCCUUCAAUAACCUUCAAAGUAUAGAGAAUACUGAGAAGGAAGCUCAACUGCAGGAACUGGUGGAUCUGAUAGAGAAAGUGGUGCAGGAGAACGGAGGGUCUCACUUUUCUGCUCCCAUCUAUGAGCAUGUAAUGGAGCAACUGCAACAUAAGAUAGAGGACUUGAAGAGAAAAUAUAAAGAUGAAUUAGAUAAGGGAACUAAAUCAGUUGAAAAGAAAUGUGCUGAGGGGAAAAUAUCACAGCAAGACAAGCAGGAGAUAAAAGAAAAGCUAUCAGAGACCUAUAAUGAAAAAAUCAAAAAUAUUAGGGAAGAAGCUGAAAGAAAUAUAUUUCAAGAUGUUAUAAAUAUGGUUAGGCAUACAAUUUCAAGAAUAUGGAAUAAGUUUUGGAAAUAGUGUAAAUUUUAUUUUUGUUUCUUAAUUUACUAUGAUUUAUUACCAUGGUUAAUUAUAUUUUCCAAAGAUGACUACAACAAACUAUCCCACCCAUUUUUUUCUUAUAAUCAGUUUGUUUUUUUCUUCUGGUGAAUUAUAGGGCCUGUCCUCUACCUUGAAAUUCAAUGGGCUUUGUGGCUGCUUUGACAACUAGAAUGUGAUUGUGACUUUAAAAGUGAGAUAGGAAAAAUGCCUCUUUGCUCCCUAGGGUUUGUGGGCUUGGCACUUGGCCACCAUGUGGGGAGGAAGCCCAGGUUGCCCAUCGAGAAGCCACAUGAAGAGGACUUGGAGUCACUGGCCCACUCCCCUGGCUGGUCUUUCAUCUCCAGCAGAACCAACUUGCCAGCUGUGCAAGUGAGGCAACAUGGACCCAGAUUCUUCAGCUGCCAACUGAGCCACCUCAGAUGAAGCAGCAAAGAGCAAAGAUGGGCCACCCUCACUGCAUCCUGCCCAGAUUGCAGAUUCAUGAGAAAAAUAAAGAGUGUUGUUGGUUUAAA